AGGAGGGUGGGAAACGUGUGCGAGAGGCGGGGGCAAGAAAAACACUCUCAAAAAAUAUUAGAAAGAAAACAUCCCACUUGGCAGCGAGUGCGCGGGAAGUUCGGCGCGCGAGUUCCGGGUUUCCCGCCCGCCCCUCCGGCUGCAGCCCGGGUGAGCCCCCAGCCCCUGCUCGGCAGCCGCCCGCCGGGCCGCGGCCGCCUGUCCGUCGGUCUGUCCGCCUCCCCAUCCCCGCCUCCCCCGGUCUCCCCGGGGCGCCGCGCGGGGGCUGCGGGCGGAGCGUGGCCGGGGUCCGCCCGGCGCCCGCAGCCAGCCUUGCCCCGGCCGCGCCUCGGCGGCGGCGCCUGCAGAGCCGGGCCCGGGCGGCUGCGGGUCCCCCGGGCCCCGCGCCCGCCGCCGCGCUCCGCGUCCCGGGCCGCCGCCGCAGUCGCCACUUGUGGAGCUCUUCCCACCGGCGGCUGUAACUUGAAACUAGCCCGAGCCAGGCCUAUUUUUAUUCAGAAACCAGCGACCAGAGUGUCUGCGGGGAGCGCUCCGAUGGAGGGCUAGCCCGCCACUUGAAGGCUUUCUCACCGAUUGGCGGGGAAGGCACGUCUUGUCCUACUAGACUUUUUUUGAGAUUUCAAAGUUCUGCUGCAACUUCCAGAGAGGGCCAGAUCGGUUGCUGGGGGGCUCUUUGAUGAGAGUGUUGUUGCCCGAGCCCCGGGGCAGCUGUACCUGAACCCUGUCGCUCUGCCUCUAAGCUGUCCUGGGGCCACCACGCGUGAGCCCGGCCCCAGCUGUGGUCUGGCCACCCUCCUGCAGGAAUCGCUCCAAGAGCUCCUAGGGACACUCGCGGUGGGGAGGAGCGAGGAGAUGAAUGUAGCAGCCAAGUACCGCCAGGCCUCCCUGUAUGUGGGUGACCUCCAUGCAGAUGUCACCGAGGACCUGCUGUUCAAGAAGUUCAGCACUGUGGGGCCUGUGCUGUCCAUCCGCAUCUGCAGGGACCUGGUCACCCGCCGCUCUCUGGGCUAUGCCUACGUGAACUUCCUGCAGCUGGCUGAUGCCCAGAAGGCCCUGGACACAAUGAACUUUGACACUAUCAAAGGCAAAUCCAUCCGUCUCAUGUGGUCUCAACGUGACGCCUACUUAAGGAAAUCUGGGAUUGGGAACGUGUUCAUCAAGAAUCUGGACAAAUCCAUUGAUAACAAAACCCUUUAUGAACAUUUUUCAGCAUUUGGGAGGAUCUUGUCCGCCAAGGUGAUGAGUGAUGACCAAGGCUCCCGGGGCUAUGCGUUUGUUCACUUCCAGAACCAGAUUGCCGCAGACAGGGCCAUUGAGGAGAUGAAUGGGACACUGCUUAAGGACUGCAGGCUGUUUGUUGGCAGAUUCAAAAACCGCAGAGAUAGAGAAGCCGAACUCCAAAACCAAGCCAAUGAAUUCACCAAUAUUUACAUCAAAAACUUUGGAGAUGGCAUGGAUGAUGAGAAACUGAAGGAAGUUUUCAGCAAAUAUGGCAAAACCCUGAGUGUUAGGGUGAUGACAGAUUCCAGUGGGAAAUCCAAAGGCUUUGGCUUUGUGAGUUUUGAUAGCCAUGAGGCUGCCCAAAGGGCUGUGGAAGAAAUGAAUGGAAAGGACAUAAACGGACAGCUGCUUUUUGUAGGCCGGGCACAAAAGAAAGCAGAGCGACAGGCCGAGUUAAAGCAAAUGUUUGAGCAGCUGAAACAGGAAAGAUUUCGGAGGUGCCAGGGGGUGAAGCUCUAUAUUAAGAACCUCGAUGACACCAUUGAUGAUGAAAAACUACGGAGGGAAUUUUCAUCAUUUGGAUCAAUUACCAGAAUUAAGGUAAUGAAGGAAGAAGGGCGAAGCAAAGGGUUUGGCUUGAUCUGCUUCUCCUCGCCUGAAGAGGCCACUAAAGCAAUGACUGAGAUGAAUGGCCGCGUCUUGGGCUCCAAGCCGCUCAACAUCGCCCUGGCCCAGAGGUCCUAGGAGGGAAAACUUCCAGUGCCUGGCAGUGUUUGUGGCAGGUGGGGGCAUGUUAGUGAUCUCUGCCUGAAUUGGCCUCAGUAAAUUUCAAACCCCAGCUGAUGGCUGCUUAGUUUAUGUAACUUUCUGAUAAAGGUUUUGUACACAAAGCUAUUCUUUUUUCUUUUUUGGAAAGAUAAAUGAAUCUUAGAAGCUUGAUGCAUUUUACAGAGGCACACCUUCUAGUUACAAUAUUGCAUAUUUUUAUGAUUUUGAUGUAUUCACAGCAAAAAGCAUAAUCAGAUAUGUUUAUAUUACAUUUGAACCAACUGAAGUGAGGUAAUUAUUUGAGUUUAUUGCAUGUUUUCUUUCUUAUUUUAAUAAUAUUGCUAGCUUUAUUUUCUUCUAUGAAAAUAUGCUCAAAAUAGUUCUCACACCUAAGGAUGGCAAAGUAAUUUAUUUUUAUGAACAGAAAUUUUCUAAUUUCUCAUCUGUUUUUUUUUAAAAAAACCAAAAGUUUAAAAAUGGCUAGUACAAAUUCAAUAUCUAAUUUCAUUUUGAGUUAAUGUUUAAAGUACUGGGAAAUAGUUGAAUUUCUUUUAAAUUUAUAUCCUGACGUUUUUCUGAUGGCUAAAAUUAAUGAUGGAGGUUUUUCAUGCUGCGUACAAACCUGCUUUAUAGGCUAUUUUGCUAUUUUUUCCAUUGGUUGACUAUAAUUCAGGUGCUUACUAUUUAUCAAAAAUGUGACUUGAAUAGUAAAACCUUAACUCUUACAUUCCUUAAGUGCUAAACUUGUAUCAAUUCAGGAGACAAAAAGUUACCCUAGUCUUAAUUCUCUUCAUACCUAUACAGCUUAAUUUAUGCCUUAAGUUUUUACCGGAUAACCAGUAUUAUAAAAGUCAUAUAUAUAGAACGUAGAAAUUCUGUUUAACAACUGUGUUUUUUAAUCUCUGUUUUACAUUGUUCCAUGCAGUGAUAUUGUCUCAGGUUCAGAAAAGUAAAAGUUUCUUUAUUUUUAUGAACUUAUAUCUCCCUUUAUUAGACUGUGAGAGCUUUGUAACCCAUUAAGGUUCACUUUUAGCCUUUGAUCAGAAGCUCACUAAUUGAUUGUCUGAUAAAUUGAAGUUACAUCACUUAGACUGUUGUGUAGCAUGAUUUUUGUUAGUACCAUUCUCAGAUCUUUCCUUCUCUCCUGCCUUUUGUCUAUGUUACUCAGCUCCUUUUUAUACUUUUAAAAAGAGUUUUAUUAUAUUGACUUUUACUAUGUGCUGUUUGAAGUCCACUUUGGAAGUAGAGACAAGAGUUACUUAUUUACAUUUAAAUAAUAACUUAAAAUUCUGAUUCACUCAUACCAAAGAUGUCUAGAAAAUACUUUUGUUGUUGUUGUUUCUAUUUUAUUUUUUUUACUCUGCUUAAUUGUUUCCUGUAACCGUAUAUUCAGUUCUUCUGUUUUAUAUAUUACCAGUGCAAAAGGAAUAUUAAAAUAUUUUUCUUUGGCAAUACUUUAGCUAUAAAAGAAUGAGAAAAUCUAUUUGUAUUUAUUUUUGUAUAAACUAUAUGUAUAUUCAUUGCACAUUUUCUAAAUUAAAAGUCUUUUAGAAAAUGAAAAAAAUUAUGGAAAAUGAAAUAAAUUACAGCAGCAUAUAAUCCUAUUAUGCAGAUUUGUUAAAAUUUGUUGCAUAUAU